CUUUUAUUCAAAGAUUUAAAAAAAAAGAAAAAAAGAAGUACAUUUAGUAUAUUUGGCCAAAUGGUGUCCAUGUAGGUUUUCAUUUAAUGACAUCCUAUGCUUUUUUAUUUUUAAAAGUGCUGUUAUACUCAUUUCUAGAAUCAUGCAUUCUGUUUAAAAUGACUGACUGAACACGGCUCCCAUGUUGAAAUAUCGGUGCUUUUUAUAAUCUGCAUUUUCCUGCAUAUUAAGAAUUUCGAAUGAAUCCAUAUUCUCCCAGCAUUCUCUGAGUCCGUUGCGCUGAAUGUUUCCUUCACUGAAGCCAGUUGUUCACACUGAAUAAAUGCAUCUCUGUACAAUUAUUCAACAUCGCAACAGCAGCAACCACACAGAGCCUUAAGAAUAAAUCAGCAUACGGAUGCAGUCAGCAGUCGCUGCUGGGUUGAGCUCGAGCGUUGCGUUCAGGGAUGACGUCAUGCUCAGAGCUGCACGCGGGAGGAGCUCGAGCUCGAGUUCAGCUAGUGAAGUUCAGGAGAGAGAGACCGGGAGCUCUCGAUGAAGAGAUGCACUGGGAGCAGCUGCUGCGAGCGAGGAGCGGGAAGCCUGCGCUCUUGAACAUGUUUCCCUUCACGUCCGGUGGACUCACUCUCUGCUGUGCUCGAAUCGAGAGGCUGGAGGGCGGUCUGGCGGCGGCGUGCGGUGCUGACGGUUCGCUGCUGGGCUCGGAGGACGCCGGGCUGGACCCCCAGCGCACACGGCAGGCCAUCGCACAGCUGCAGCAGAAGAUCCUGAAGCUCACCGAGCAGCUGCGCAUCGAGCAGGCGGCCCGUGACGAGAAUGUGGCCGAGUACCUCAAACUGGCCAGCAAUGCCAGCGACAAACAGCAGAGCUCCCGCAUCAAACAGGUGUUUGAGAAGAAGAACCAGAAGUCUGCGGCGAGCAUUGCCCAGCUGCAGCGUAAGCUGGAGCAUUACCACCGGCGUCUGCGUGAGGUGGAGCACAGCGGCGUGCAGCGGCAGCCCAAAGACAUGCUGCGGGACAUGCAGCAGGGCCUGCGAGAUGUGGGCGCCAGGGUCAUCACGGGCCUCAGCGAGGGGGUGGUGGACAGCGUCAAGGGCGGACUGUCCAGUUUCUCCCACGUCACGCACUCGGCCGCCGGGGCCGUGGCCUCCAAACCUCGUGAGAUCGCCUCACUGAUCCGCCACCGCUUCGGCAGUGCUGAUAACAUCAGCGUGCUGAAGGACGGGCCAGAGGAUGCCGAGGAUGGUGUGGCCGCUGCUGGACGCUCUCUGGGAUCCGCUGGCGGACACCUGCAGUCCAGCCCCAAGUUCGGCAGCGAUGAGGACUGUUCGAGCGCAACCUCGGGAUCGGUGGGAGCCAACAGCGUGACGGGGGCCCCCGGGGGCCCGCCCAGCUCCAGAGGAAACACACUAGAACGGGGCCACAGCGGCAGCUUGGACAUGUUGCUGCAGGAGCUGCAGGAGCUGCGAGAUGCUCAGACGCGGCUGGAGGAGACGGUGGAGAGUCUGAAGAGCGGGUAUCUGAAGCAGUGCACACUACUGAUGCAGGCGCUGCAGGAGGAGAGGUUCAGGUGUGAGCGUUUAGAGGAACAAGUGAACGAUCUGACGGAGCUCCACCAGAACGAGAUCCUGAACCUGAAACAAGAGCUGGCCAGCAUGGAGGAGAAGAUCGCGUACCAGUCCAACGAGAGGGCCCGAGACCUGCAAGAGGCUCUGGAAGCGUGUCAGACGCGCGUCUCUAAGAUGGAGCUGCAGCAGCAGCAGCAGCAGGUGGUUCAGCUGGAGGGCCUGGAGAACGCCACGGCUCGCACACUCAUGGGCAAACUCAUCAACGUGCUGCUGGCUCUCAUGGCCGUGCUGCUGGUCUUUGUCUCCACCGUCGCCAACUGUGUGGUGCCGCUGAUGAAGACACGCAGCCGCUCCGUCUCCUCGCUGCUGGUCUUCCUCCUCUUCGCCGUGCUCUGGAGGAACUGGGAUGCUUUCUCAGGACACACCUCCCGCCUCCUGCACGUGCCCAGAUGAGCGCACAGAAGACAUGUUGGUUUCAGACCAUUUUGCACAGUUUUUCCCUUUUGAAUGCCUUUGGAGCAUUGCUCUGGAAUGAGAUUAAUAUUAAUAUUAUUCAUAUUUCUAAUAUAAUUUAGCUGAAUGUAGCAGUAGCUCACACAAAAAUGAAAAAUCUGUCAUCAUUUCCUCAGUGUUGUGAGUAAUCCCGUAUGCUGCUAUUUUUUCUGAUGAACACAAAGGGAGAAACGUUGAUGUCCUAGUGACUCAGAACGAUGAUGAACAUGUGAAUGAACAGAAAGGGUGAACUGAGCUGCUCUAAAACGUCUCCUCCUGUGUUCAGUGAAAGAAUAACAUCAUACAUGUAUUAGAUCUGAGGAGGAGUGUUUGGUCGGAGCGUGUGUUCAUCGGUCUGACUGAAGUGAUGAUUUGAGCUGCUUUCACGGCGUCUGAAGGAAGACUCAAGCCUCAGACAUCAUCCUCUGCUUUCAUUACUCUCAUAAUUUUCAAGAGGUCAAAGGAUGUUGCUGUUUACUAGCAUUAUCUGAUGUAAAACACUGUUAAAUGAAGUAAUACUUUAUUGAAUAUUGCACCGCCUUACUGGAGCUGUGACAGACAGCAGAGAAAGACAAUGACAGUAGUAGCUGUGACUGCUUAUUCAUAAUGUCUGUAAUAUCACAGUGCAGUGUUUCUGAUCUGGUGUUUUGGCGUUAUGAUGGAGAGGGUUUUGUGAUGAUCUGUAGGUUCUUAUGUCUGCUGUAGUGAAUGAUGGAUCAGGAUUCAGGACUGUUCUUAUGCAUGGAGACGCUUGUGUGUUUGAUCAUAAGCUGGACUCAAGCUGACCGAAGCUCCUUACACCUCCACUCGUGUGUCAUUCAGAUAUUAUGAACUGUUAGCACAGUUGUUUAACUGUACAGUAAUAAUGUUUAAUAGUUCUGUUUCAGUCAUUUAAUAAUCCUCAGGGGAAAGUCCUCUGCUGAAGCUGUAUUGUGUGUGUGAGUGUGUGAGUGUGUGUGUGUGUGUGUGUGUGUGUGUGUGAGAGAGAGAGUG